AUGUCUUCAACCAAAGUUACCAAUGGCCCCAAGAAGGUCAAUGGCACACUAACUAAGCUACCGGCAAUAUCAGAAGGCGCCCGUGUCGAAAAACGCCCCUUAACCAGGCGUCAGGCUCCAGCAUCAUCUAAAUCCCGGAUUAUCUACGUGUCUUCUAAAACACCUUUCAUGGCACUCGUCAAGCGUGCUCGCAAGCAGCUCGACGCUUCACUCAAAAAGACCGACGCGGCACCCAAGUACGCGUCGCUGCAUGCGCGUGUCGAGAGUCUUAAGCGGACUAGCGGUCGUGCUCCCGACAGCGGUGUUGUGACAGUUUUAGGGGCCGGAAAGGCGAUUGAGAAGACACUUUCCCUCGCAAGCUGGUUUGAGCAGGAGGGUGACUGCGAGGUGGAGAUUAAAACGGGCACUGUUGGCACCAUCGAUGAUGUAGUAACCGAAGGAGAUGAGGAGGACGAGAGCCGCCUAAGGAAGCUCAACUGCUUGGAGGUCCAGAUUAAGCUCAAGUGA